AUGUGCGAGUGCAGCAAAAAGAGAACCUCCUUCCUCAUAGACGACAUACUGAACACAGCCAGGGGCUCUCAGAGAUGUAAGACCCACACGCAUAGGUGCGACAGACACACGAAAAACAACUUUAUUGACGAUGUACACAAGGAAAUAGAGACCACCAAGACGAAGGUAAACCUGGAGCAAAGAAGAAACACGUAUCCUCUGUACCCAAUGCCGAUAAAGCCGGGAGUCGCCUGGCCGCAAUACAAGAUGAAGGCGGGAUAUACCAUGGACAGACCCUCGAUGAACUACUACAGCGAACCAGUUCUGAAGAACGAACACAUACUGAGGAACCAGCUGGCAGUCACCAGAUACGUGGGUCCUGGAGCCUUCAUGAGGCAGGUGUACGGCUUUGAUAGAGUGGCGCCAUCUUGCUGUAGUUCCUGGCUAGGUGUGGGCACGAGACGGAAAGGUGGUCAGGUUCGUUUCAGCGCUGUUCAAACUGGAGCCUUAGAGAGACGUUUCAGUGCCAGCAAGUACCUUAGUCCUGAUGAACGAAGAGCUCUAGCGGCCUCCUUACGACUCAGUGACCGUCAGGUAAAGACGUGGUUUCAAAACCGUCGCGCCAAGUGGCGGCGGAUGACUCCGGAGUCAGCGGACCCCGCCAGCCCGCUCGGAGUCGACUCAGAUGAUGACGUACAUAUAGCUGAUGAAGACUGA